AUGCUUCUCCUCCGUUUCUUCAUGAUACUCUUCACCUCCUUGGUUGCCGGCAACAUUGCGCCGGAUAGCUAUCAGAAGCCUUUGGAGUCUGAGCGCAGCCAAGCUCUGUCAUCCCCUGACAGUGACAGAGUUUACGAGGCACUUCUUCGGUCCAAGAUCAUUCCUGAAGUCAUUGAUGAUUUUGAGCUUAAUUACCUGUUCACGGCGCAAUGGCCAGGAGGGGAUGAACACCAAGCAAAUCUUGGCAAUGACGUUGAGCCAGGCGACUGGAUAUCAAAACCACCAUCGAUAACGCUCAGUCCAGUUGCCCACAUUGUGGCAAAUCUGCUUUGUGGUCCCGCAGCCCAGGUUGACCCGAGCUUGAGUAUGGCCAAACUGACUUAUGUGGUUGCCCUGACGGACCCUGAUGCCCCAUCACGCGACGACCCUGAAAGGUCAGAGUUCUGCCAUUGGCUUGCGGCUGGACACCCUGUCGUCAACCCCAGAGUGCAUGUUUCCGACUGUUAUACUUUGUCGGUUUCUGGCUUGGAGGAUUUGCUUUCGUACCGGCCACCUUCGCCUCCUGCAAAGACGGGCCCGCACCGCUAUGUCUUUGUCUUGCUAGCACAUUUUCCUCCAACAUUGGAUCCCCUCAACCUCACAAGGCCAGAGAGAGACUGGGGCAGCAACGGCGGUGUCAAGCAAUGGGCCAGGGAAAAUUCUCUGGUUCCCAUCGGGUCCAACUUUCUGUACGCUCACAAUCCGGACCAGUAA